AGAGAUCACCUUUCUUCAGAGAACKUACGGUAYCUCGUACCUUACAGAUGGAAAAAAUAUGCACGGUAUGUACCUACCGUAGCAGCACCGAGCUGAAUGAACGAGUUCUCAUACAGUAAAGUAACAAAUAAGUAACAGUACAAACACUUGUGGUACCCGCACUCGCAUUGCGACCACAUUUGCAGCCUCAGAGUUUCCACAACUUUCCCGAAUUCAAAUUCUUAAUUCGUUAUGGCAGAAGUGAACGCAAAUAGCAACCCCACAAACAUCGGGGGCGGUGCAAUGGACGGCAGCAGUUUUGAGAUAGAAAAACCCGCGAAAGCUGCUSACACUGAAAGUGUCGAAGAAGUUUCAAAAUAUCACUGGUUACAUGCCCUUUAUCACUCGGUCGUUGCUAUGGUGGGUGGAGGAAUUUUGGGAUUCCCGUACGCGACCUCAUUUUUCGGUUAUGCUGGUGGUAAGUUUGUCGGAUUAGCAUUUCCUCAAACACUMUUUCAACGAAAACGAGAUAUUUAACAAACUUUCGUCUUCAUGAUAUUUYCGCAGCGGCGAUCUUUAUCACCUUCUCCAGUGUGGCGACUUAUUACUGCUCGUUUAUAUUAAUUGACUUGCAAGAAAUAGGGUGAGUCAGAGCCAUGUAURCAAAAUGACACUAACUACGAACCAAGGGGCCGUAAUCUAACACAAACCGCUUUAUGAUUUUUAAAAUAUCAGUCAGGGAACGUACAGCGAAGUUGCCGAUGCCGUAAUGGGUGAAGGCUGGUCUCGAUUCACGGUCCGACCAGCACAGUUUUUAGCUUUCUUCCCUACGGCUGCCGUUAUGAUGGUGAUUGGGGGUACAGCCUUGCACGAGAUCGAUACUCUGGUUGACGGGAAAGAAACCCUUUCUAUGAGACUCUGGCUGGUGAUCGUAAGUUUCAUAACAAUCACGACGAAAACCAGAGUUUUGUUCUAUGUUCUGUAUCAGAUGURKGCAUCAUGCGUAUGAUCCCAUUUCCGGUUCUACAAUGGGUUCAACUAAACUAUAUUCUUUUGUUCAGGAUGCUAUCGCUGUUUUGCUCAUGUCCAUGUUGCCAGAUCUGGAUCGCGCCUGGUAUGUUAGUGCGUUGGGUGCGCUCUCUAUACUUGURAUCGUGCUGUAUAUUAUUGUAGGAACAAGCAUAGCAGUAGCACAGGGCGAUUCCGAGACUGCCGACUUUGACCGACCACCAGAAAGCAGUGGCUCGAAUGAUCAAUUAUAUAAAACAAUGGCAUCGUUUGGUGAUUUUUUGUUUGGAUUUGGUUUCAACGCGAUCCUACCAGACAUCCAUGCCUCUUUGCACGAGAAAAGUGCUGAGAAUUCAAGAAAGGAUAUGAAAAAGACUUUGACUGGAGCGUAUUCCUUUGCRUAUCCUGCAUAURUGGUUGUCGCAAUGGUUGGAUAUGCUGCAUUUGGUUACAAAGUUCAAAGCAACAUAUUUUUGAGCAUUGAUGAGAUCCUACCGAGGUCAGCCAUGAUCGUAAUUUGGGCACUCCUCGCAAUUAAAACUGCAACCGAAGCGGCUGUUUUCAAUCAAGCCGCAUUCACUUUGACGAGAGAUGUAUUAGGGUUGACACUGGACGAGGACCAUGUCGAUCACCAUCCGAAGAACUGGAAGAUUGAUUAUGUCAUUCGCGUCAUUUGGUGCAUUCUAGCGGCAGUCGUGGCUAUCUUUUUGCCAUAUGUAAGUGAAAUAUCAUUUGUCGAACAUUGCUUUUGUUCUUUGGCGAGUAACCACUCUCACUGCCAUGCAACUUCUGAUCGAUUGUUUUACAAAAUCUCAAUCUUUUCUCUAAAAACUCAUCCUCUGUCCAACACGUCAUCUGCAACUAUAGUUUAGCGAUCUCACUUCAGUCACCGCGGCACUUAGCAUUACUCCAACCUCCCUCAUUUUUCCAAUUAUCAUGUGGAAUAGAAAGCACGGAGACACGGCGCCGAAAUGGCGAAUUUGGUUUCAUCAUAGCUUCAGCUUGACAUUUAUUGUAAUUGGUGUAGUCGCUCUCGUCGGCGCGACUGGCGAUAUCGUACUAAAUAUUCAAAGUGGUAACUCUAGUUAACAUUGCCAAUCACCAAGGAAAGAAUACCACUUUUUGAUCCUUUCACUAGCGACUGUGAUCAUGGUUGCGAAAGUGUUAAGGAAAAUACAUCUGCGACAGCGCCAUAACCUCAAGAACCAGUAUCCAAGCUGUUUCUACCGAGUGACGUGGUUGUGAAUCCAGGAAGCAUUCGAAUGAAGUGAUUAGUCGAUU